AGCGAUGUGGCGAGAUCUUUUUCCCCAUUUUUUUUUUCUUUUUCUUUCUCGAACCUCUCAUUCUCUCUUUCAUCUUUUACGUAACCCUAGCGAACUCGGAGAAUCUCUGCUAGAUCUAUCUUGAUUCCUUUUUCCUUUUAACCAGAAAUUCGCCGUUGAAAUCGAACGCUAGAGGUGUGAUUCUUGCUAGAUAGAUAGAGAGUAAUGGAUUUGGAUCAAUGGAUUUCGAAGGUUAAAGACGGCGAGCAUCUCUCCGAAGACGAGCUUCAGCUUCUCUGCGAAUACGUGAAAGAAAUUCUGAUUGAGGAGUCCAACGUUCAGCCUGUCAACAGUCCAGUCACCGUCUGUGGUGACAUCCAUGGCCAGUUUCAUGAUCUCAUGAAGCUUUUUCAGACCGGGGGUCAUGUUCCCGACACAAACUACAUAUUUAUGGGGGACUUUGUGGAUAGAGGUUACAACAGCCUUGAAGUCUUCACUAUUCUUUUGCUUCUUAAAGCUAGACAUCCAGCCAAUAUUACACUUCUGCGUGGAAAUCAUGAAAGUAGGCAGCUAACGCAGGUAUAUGGUUUCUAUGACGAAUGCCAAAGGAAGUAUGGUAACGCCAAUGCGUGGCGCUAUUGCACAGAUGUUUUUGACUAUCUUACCUUAUCAGCUAUAAUAGAUGGCACGGUUCUAUGUGUUCAUGGCGGCCUUUCCCCGGAUGUCCGGACAAUUGAUCAGAUAAGACUAGUAGAUCGAAACUGUGAAAUUCCCCAUGAAGGGCCCUUUUGCGAUCUUAUGUGGAGCGAUCCUGAAGACAUUGAAACAUGGGCUGUUAGUCCACGUGGAGCUGGUUGGCUUUUCGGAUCGAGGGUUACCACUGAGUUUAACCAUAUCAACAAGCUUGAUCUAGUAUGCCGUGCACACCAGCUGGUACAAGAAGGUCUUAAGUACAUGUUCCAAGAUAAAGGCCUUGUGACUGUAUGGUCUGCGCCUAAUUACUGCUAUCGCUGUGGGAAUGUAGCUUCUAUAUUGAGUUUCGAUGACAACAUGGAAAAAUCAGUUAAGUACUUCACAGAGACGGAAGAGAACAAUCAAAUGAGAGGGCCAAGGACUGGAGUUCCAUAUUUCCUAUGAUGAUUACGCUUAUUAUAU